AUCCUCUCCUUUGCCCCUGCCCGUUCCCUAAAUGCUCCUCUAAAUCCGUCUAUGCAAAUCAUCCCCCGCCGCUGCAUCUGACGCCCCCAGAAAUCCGAUAAAUUGAAACGACGCCCCCCCUUGAAGACCCCCCUGUGAUGACACUUAUUCCCACCGGAUUUCUGCGUAGGAGAAGACGAUGUCUGUGCGCCCUCCUCUUGUUUGCGGGUUUGGCCCAGGCGCAGACGCAGCGACGAGUCGACGACGAUGAUCCUGAUAUCGUGUACACCCCCGAAGCCAGCUGGUUCAGAAACGAGGACCCGAACCCGAUGGACGCUGGGGGACAUCAUAUGGUCACAACAGACACGGCUGCAUCGGCGACAUUCCGCUUCACAGGAACUGGGAUACACUAUAUGGCGCCGCUGUGGGCUGAUACGAUUAGCACGCAGGUCAGGCUAGAUGGCGGUGUUCCUGAGGUUCUUUCGUUGCAGGAUACCAGGGUCCCGCCCGAGACGGACGGAGCGACCACAGUCGAGUCAAGUGUCCUGUGGUCUGUAACGGGGCUCGAGAACAUCGAGCACGUCCUGGUGAUAGAUGUCCCACCAGGAGGCUCAUACGCCGUCGUCGACAUGCUCAUUGUCGACGAGGAAGACGACCCCAAUGACCCAAUCACCGACGACCCCGACACCGACACCGAGGUACGACCAACAUCAACAUCAACCGAAACAACAACAACCCGCACCCGUCUCGCCUCGGGCGAAGAGGCGACCUCCCCCAAGGCCAGCCCGACCCCCGCGACCCGCACCGGCCUCUCGAUCGCCAUCGGCAUAGUCUGCUCCGUCGCGGGCCUCCUCCUCCUCGCCCUCCUCGCCUACUUCCUCCGGCGCCGGCGCCAGCGUCGCAAAGAACGCGAAAUCUGGGCGCAGAACUACCAAGCCGCCGCACAGCAGCAGCAGCCGAUGAUGGACGAGGUCGACGAUAGCAUCAACGCGCCCCCGAAGCGCCGGUACCGGUCUGUGCCCUCUCGAAACAGUAUGCGCGCGAGUGGGUAUCUGGAGGAGGGGUUACCCCCAGUCGGCGGUGCAGGGGCGGGUGUGGGAAGCGUGUUUGGCGCGGCGGCUGGAGUGACGAGUGAUAAUAUGUCACUGCAGAGUAAUAUGACCACGCCGAGCGCCUCGGCAAAGCAGACGUCUAAACUUCGGCAGGUGGUUGCUACUGACGAUUCUACGAGUCAGGAGAGGUCUGGGUUGGUGGAUUUGUCUGUGUCGAGUUCGAGUGCUGCUGCUGCCGCCGCCGCCGCCUCUUCGUCCGGGAAUAAGAAGUUCUCGGUUGGGGGUGGUGGGAGUGGGAGUGGGGAAGGAAGCAGUAGCAGUAGUCGAGGGAAUGGGAGUGGGAAUGGGAACCAUGGAUUCUCGAAUUCGAUGUACCCUCGGACACGGUGAUUUCGAAUAUCUCUUUUUCUUGAUUUUUUGGAAAAGAUGGUACUAGUAUCUUUUAAGUCUAUUUCUCUCUACCUUUAUUUCCUUUCUUUCUCUUCCUUGAUUCACUGAUUCACUUUGGACGCUUUUUUCUUCCACAUUUGUUUGUUCUGCCAUACAUACUUACAUACUCGUACAUAUCUCACCAUCGCCGUCGCCGUCGUCAUCACCCACACUUUCCCAUAUCUUUUCUCAUCGUACGCUUCUCGAACGUCAUUGGUCAUUAGUCACUGUUUUCUGGUCUGACUGACGCUUUUGGCUCGCUAUCUCUCUCGUUUGAUAUCCCCACAUCCCACAUCCACUGUUGCCUGCCUGCCUGACACUGUUGUUACCUUCCCACAUCCACUGUUACAACUUACUUGCCUCCCUGCCACUGUUACGUCGGUUUACCUUCCCAUCGUUAUCUAUAUCCACCUAUACUUACCUAUUCACU